UUAAUAUAAAGCUCGCCUUUUACAUACUAGGUUGCAGCCCGAUAAAUAAAACCCUGAAAAUAAAUCAAUAGCGAUGUGUAGGCGAUCUAUGGCCCCGAGGCGCGAGCGGCGGUGAUGCGUCCAUCCCGCCGAUCAUAGUGCACAUCCGCGCACAACGCGGGGGACUUUUCUUCGGGGAUUUUCGGCGCCGAUGAGACUGCAUUGAAGUAAACCGGGUCGGCGGAGCGAGGAGCCCCAGCAGCCGGCAGCUGAGCAGUCAGGAGCGGGGUGGGCGACACAAGCACUCCGGGCACGAUGUCCUUGGUAGACUUGGGAAAGAAGCUUUUAGAAGCUGCUCGGGCUGGUCAAGAUGAUGAAGUUCGUAUUCUAAUGGCAAAUGGGGCGCCUUUUACCACCGACUGGCUUGGAACAUCACCACUCCAUCUUGCAGCUCAGUAUGGCCAUUAUUCCACAACAGAAGUAUUACUUAGGGCAGGCGUCAGUAGAGAUGCACGCACUAAAGUUGACAGAACUCCCUUGCAUAUGGCAGCCUCAGAAGGACAUGCAAACAUAGUAGAGGUGUUAAUCAAGCACGGUGCUGACAUCAAUGCCAAAGACAUGCUGAAGAUGACGGCUCUUCACUGGGCAACAGAACACAACCAUCAGGAAGUUGUAGAGCUUUUCGUAAAGUAUGGAGCAGAUGUCCAUAGUCAGAGCAAGUUCUGUAAAACGGCAUUUGAUAUCUCUGUGGACAAUGGCAAUGAGGAUCUUGCAGAAAUACUACAGAUUGCAAUGCAAAACCAAAUUAACACAAAUCCUGAAAGCCCAGACACUGUAACGAUACACACGGCCACGCCACAGUUUUUCAUUGGACCCGGAGGUGUGGUAAAUUUAACAGAUGAGAAUGGAAUAUCAUCUACAGUACAGUUUGGCAAUUCAUCAACAUCUGUGUUGGCUACAUUGGCAGCUUUAGCAGAAGCCUCUGCUCCAUUGUCUAAUUCUUCAGAAACACCAGUGGUGGCUACAGAAGAAGUGGUAACUGCUGAGUCGGUGGAUGGUGCUAUUCAACAAGUUGUUAGCUCUGGUGGACAGCAAGUCAUCACAAUAGUGACGGAUGGCAUUCACCUUGGAAAUCUUCAGUCUGCCAUUCCAUCUUCUGGUUUAUCACAGCCAAUUAUUGUCACAAUGCCAGAUGGCCAACAGGUGUUGACUGUACCAGCAACUGACAUGGCAGAAGAAACUGUGAUUAGUGAAGAGCCUCCUACUAAAAGACAGUGCAUUGAAAUCAUUGAAAAUCGUAUGGACUCUGCAGAGAUAGAGUGCCUUCAGCUGUCAAAGAUUCCAGAAACUUCUGGUUCAGAAAUCUAUAUUGUGAAUGCUCAAGAGUUCUCUCAGGAAAGAGAAUCUCUUCAGAAACAACUUGAUGAGGCCAACCGAGAAGCUCAGAAAUAUCGUCAUCAGCUUAUUAAAAAAGAGCAGGAGGCAGAAGCUUACAGACAAAAAUUGGAAGUAAUGACCAGGCUGCAGACUAAUAAAGAAAUGGCUUAAAUGCCAUUGUUGAGCAA